AUGGUACGACCGACGGAGACGAUGGCACCCGGAAAGGCAGUGGGCGAGCUUGCAGCCGGCUGCAUAUGGACUCUGGCUGGCCUCUGGUGGAUGGGGAAGGUGCUGUCCCGCUUUUAUCGCAAGGGACCGGACUCCUUCCGGGCCUCGUCCUUCUACUGCAUCCGGGGAAAGCGGAUCCCCUUCGAGCCCGUCGCCAAGUUCGUCAUUGGGAUCAUAUAUUUCUUCGGGGAGUACAGCGCAGGGCUGGACGAGAAAGGGGAGUUCGUGAACCGGGAGCAUGCAACAUUCAUGGCGUUCUCGUUGGCGGUCGUCUUUUCGGGCAUGGUGGAUCUGGCCACCUUCUUUCAACUGGGGGUGCCGAAGGACUUCUCGUACGUGACCACCUUCUUCAUCCCCUUUUCCGGAUGGUACAUCUACAGGGCCAACGGACGGGUGCAGGGACACGGUCACAUGCACAUGGACGUCGAACAAGGGUCUGAACCCGUCUUCGAUGCGAUUACACAAAAAGAGACGACGUCGUUGCAGAUGGGGCACCUGAUAACGCUGAGCUACCUGUUGCUGGGAGUGACGGUGCUGCUCGAGUCUUGGGAACGGGGUCGGACGUCGGUGGUGCUGUCCCUCCUGCGACCGAUGGCCUCCAUCCAGCUGGGCGUGGCUUACAUGCUCAGCAGCUUCCUGGUGUACAACCCCUGCUGCAGGUGGGAGGCAGAACUGCACGGGGACCGUGCCCUCCCGCUCCUUCAGUCGAUCUGGUGCGUGUUGUUCCCGGCCAGCGCCACGUUUGUGAUCGCUGUAUACGCCGCCGUCACGUGGGCUCGCAAGCAGUACAAAGGCGAAGAUUUUCCGCACGACCGACUCAAGAGCCAGGAGGAGAAGAUGGCCCUGCUCCAAUCCGACAGCUCGGAGGAACCCUGCUUCUGAAAAAUCAUUUCGUUUUUUUUCCCUUUUCUUUCAUCCUUUGACACCACUGAACUCAAUUCGGAAAAAAAAAACAGGUGCACUCUAGUCAUUCUGGUUUUUGCUUUGGGGAGAAAAAUCCGCCGGAUAUGUGCGAUGCAAUACCUGACGGACGCGAUACACAUUGACGAGCCCUUGCGCGUUUUCGUCGCGACACUUUGCACUUGAGGAAGCGGGUCCAUCUCCAUUCGCGAAAAUUCCAUCGAAUCUAAAUUAAAAUUUUCGUCUGGG